GUAAGUUUCUAUUUUUAUAUUUUUUUUAUAUUUAGGGAGAGAGAGAGAGAGUGAAACAACAACAAAACAAAACACCUGUUAUGUUUUUUUUAUAAAUCGCGUUGCCGAGAGAAUUUGUUUACAAACGGCGAUGUUAUAACGAUUUUGUUUAUUUAAAAAAUAACAUCCUAGAUAAAAGGAUUGCAAAUUGAAGUUCAUCAGCAUGUCCCUGAAGACGAAAAGAAUGAAAGAAAUUCUUGAUCCAAUUGCUGCUCAGAUCAACAAGUUGGAGGGUAUAUUAACAAAAAAUGUUGACAAUCCAUUGGAGCUAGAGUCUACAAAAUGUGAGUUGUUAAAACAUUUAAAUUUAUUGUCUGAUAAAUUAAAAAUUGUUUCUAAUGAUGAGGCUAAAGAUUACCAAAAAACAAAAGAAGAUAUAACAGCCAUGAUUGAAGAUUUCUGUUGCUCAAAAAAGAUUUCAAAUGGUGAAAAUAUCAAGGCAACAAGUGCAUCUGAUAUUCUUGAUAAUUUUACAUCAGCUCUACAAUUACUUGAAGAUCUUGAGUGCUUUGAAAUAAAGCAACAACUUCAAGAUGCACUUGAUUAUGUCGCAGAAAUGGGUGAAAUAAAUGAAAUUGAAGAUUUUCAAAAUAUCAAAGAACUUGGUAUAAAUUUACUGGAGACACUAACUCCACUCCAGCUUUAUGGAAAAAAUCUAAUAUCAAAAUUACUUAAAGAUAAAUUAACUCUUUAUAUUUGUCAGUUAUGUACGACAUUUACAAUGCUUGCACAACUUGUUGAAGAACAACACAAUAUAAAUUUACCAAUUUACAAUACAAAAAAAUAUAUUUGUCAACGUGCCUGUUGGUGUCUCAAGAUGAUAAUAAAUAUUUUAGAUAUUAAAAAUCCCCAAGAAGCUGAAGAAGAUGAUGAAGAAAAUAAUUUUGUUUAUAAAAUGGAUCUUGCACUUGAUAUGAUAUCAAAAUUUUCUGGUAAAAAACCAGAUGAACAAAAAAUUUUAAUUGAUGAUUUAUGGAUAGCUAUUGAAGAUGUAUUUUCUCAUGCUAUGGUUAUUGCCCAAGUAUGUCAACCAGAUGAUUUCAAAGCAAUAACAGGUGUAAGCCAAACAAUAAUGUCUGAAUUUGAAAAUUUAAAAGAACAAAUAACAUCAAGUAAAACAGAUGAAAUGUUAAAUAGUCUUCUUAUCAACACAUUUACUGAUGCUUUAUACAGACUUGAAAGAAAAGUUAAUAUAUCUGUUUUAUCGCUAGUCAUGGAAGUAUUUAUGGAUCCAUGUUGUUCAUUAAAAAAACUUGUACAAAUGUGUGGUAAUACACUUGCUGCUGAUAAAAGAAGUAAAAAUGAUUUAAGUAAUGCUAUUGAAAUGUUUGAUCAAGCUACUGAUAAAACAAUGUUAAUUGGUUUAUAUGCAAUAUCAAGUUGUGGUGAUGUUAAUCGUGUUAAUAAAAUUAAAAAUUAUCUUGCAAGUUUAGAAUCACUUGAGGGUGAAUUGGUACCAGCAAUUGUAUCAUUUUAUUUACAUCCAGAUAAUAAAGAAAUUCGUACUGGUGUUAAAUUAUUAGUUAAUCAAUGGAAAAUUGAAAUUAAAAAAUUACAUAAUGCUAUUAAUUUGAUUAUUGAUUCAUCAGCUUAUUGUGAUGUUGUACUUGAUAGUUUACAAAUACGUGUUGCUGCUAUGAAUGAUUGUUUGGAUAAUCAUUUUGUUAUUAGUAAAAUUCAAGUACAAGAAAUUGUACAAAGAGCAUGUACAUUGGUAACUCAAGUUACUGAUACUGUUGAUGACAUUGGACAUGAUAAUAUUGAACAACAAACCAAGAUGACUAUUCGUGAAUUAAAAGCUGCUAUUUUUGAAAUUGUUGCUGCAUCUGAAAAAUAUUUAAAUGGAAUUGUGACAGAACCAGUUCAGUUGAAAGUCAUAAAACGUUGUGAAUUAUUGAUAAGUGUUAUUAAAAAUUUACAGCCAGCUUUGAUUAUUCUUAUGAAUAAUUCUCAUUCAAUCAAGAGUAUCAAUGAAAAAUCACAAAGUCAUGCUAUAAAUUAUUGCAAUGGAUCAAGAUUAAAUGUUGGAUCAUCAAUUUGUAAGUUGCCAUUUGAUGGGAAGAGUAUAACUUAUGUUCGAACACCUUAUACUGUUAAAAAUUUUAAACCUCAUGUAUCAAUUCAACGAGGUGAUUCACCUGCAAAGUUGCCAGUAAAUAUGUCCAGUUUGAUACCAUAUAUUAAAAAAGGAUAUACCUUAAGAAAUGAAAGAUCAAUCAUGUACAAGACACCACAAAAAACAGGAAAUAAAAAACAACAAAGUACUAAUAAAAAUAGUGAAUUUAAUUCACGUAAUUUGUCUUGUAUUAGACAACAUUUAUUUAGUCGUGAUAGUAUUGAUCAACAUGACAGUUUGGAUUUAUCAAAUGAAAGCUUUGAUCUUACAAAUAUACUUGAAAAAAUAACUGGACUAUCAAGCUCACUCAAUUCAACAAUUAAAGCUCCAAUUAAUGAUCCAAAAACUUACAUAGAUUUACCAAAAAAAAAAUUAUAAUAACAUAUUUUAAAAGUAUCAAGACAACAAGUGUGUUGAUCCACUUGAUAAAUUGAAUGAUGUUUAAAAAAAAAAUAUUAAAAUACUUUUAAAGUAUCAAUUAAUAUACCUGAUGAAGAAAUCCGUCCAUUAAUUAAUAAUUAAAAAUUUAUAAUUAGUUAUUAAAAAAAAAGCAAUGAAGUAAAAACUAAAGAUUAAUUUUUUUUUUUUUGUUUAAAUUAUAUAUUUACAAUAAUAAUCUAAAUAAAAUAAUUAUAUUUAUAAAGAAAAUAAUGUUUUGAAAUAAUGAAUAAAUAAAAAAAAAUAUAAAAUUUAAA